AUGGCUCCUAGCGCAAACGACAAAGAUAAUUAACAAGGUGAAGAAAAAAAGCACAUCCCUUUGGAUGAAGGUGAUAUUUCUUUAUUGAAAGUUUAUGGCAUGGGUCCAUAUGCAGAAUCCAUUAAAUCAACUGAAGAAGAAAAUAAGAAUUUAGUAGUAAAAAUUAACAAACUAUGCGGUAUAAAAGAGAGUGAUACAGGUCUUUCUUUACCUUCUUAAUGGGAUUUGAAGGGUGAUGAAAUUAGAUUGUCUUAAUAACAUUCUUUACAAGUCGCUCGUUGCAAUAAAAUCAUUCCUGGUGACUAACCCACUGAAAAUAAAUACAUGAUUAGCAUCAAGCAAAUGGCCAAAUUCGUUGUAGGUUUAGGUGAUAAGCUAGCUCCUACCGAUAUUGAUGAAGGUAUGAGAGUUGGUGUUGAGAAAUAAAAAUAUUCUAUUCAACUUCCUCUUCCUCCUAAAAUUGAUCCUUCAGUCACCAUGAUGACUGUAGAAGAAAAACCUGAUGUUACUUAUUCAGAUAUUGGUGGUGCUAAUGAAUAAUUAGAUCGUCUUAAGGAAGUUGUAGAAAUGCCUUUACUCUAGCCUGAAAAGUUUAUUGAAUUGGGUAUUGAUCCUCCUAAAGGUGUUUUACUCUAUGGUCCUCCUGGUACUGGUAAAACCUUAACUGCAAGAGCCGUUGCCAACAGAACAGAUGCCUGCUUCAUCCGUGUCAUCGGUUCAGAACUUGUUUAAAGAUAUGUUGGUGAAGGUGCAAGAAUGGUUAGAGAAAUCUUCUAGUUAGCAAGAACCAAGAAAGCUUGUAUCAUUUUCUUCGAUGAAAUCGAUGCUAUUGGUGGUGCUAGACAUGAUGACGGUGCUGGUAGUGAUAAUGAAGUCUAACGUACUAUGCUUGAAAUCGUAAAUUAAUUGGAUGGCUUUGAAAGCAGAGGUAACAUUAAAGUUUUGAUGGCUACAAAUAGACCUGAUACUUUAGAUCCCGCUUUGUUAAGACCUGGUAGAUUAGAUAGAAAGGUUGAAUUCGGUCUUCCAGACUUAGAAGGCAGAACUCACAUUUUUAAAAUUCAUGCCAGACACAUGAGUAUGGAAAAAAAUAUUCGUUAUGAAUUAUUAGCAAGAUUAUGCCCUAACACCACUGGUGCUGAUCUUAGAUCUGUCUGCACUGAAGCUGGUAUGUUCGCCAUUAGAGCAAGAAGAAAAGCCAUCUCUGAAAAGGACCUUCUAGAAGCUAUUGAAAAGGUUAUAAAAGGAUAUUCUAAAUUCUCUGCAACUGGCAAAUAUUUAGUUUAUAAUUGA